AUGUCGUCUGUGAAGGCCCUCAAUCCAUCCUUGCAGGCCCGCCGUGACCCGUACUACAAGCGCAACCACAUGGGCCGCGUCACAUGUACUCUCUGUGAUGUCUGCUGCACAGAUGACAAUAACUUUUUGAAGCAUAUUGCAGGGAAGACGCACUGCACACAACUGGAGCGCAGGGAGCGUUAUGCACGUCGUGAGGAGCGGCUGGCGGUUGAGGAGGAAUUGAAUAGGGAGGCAUGCCGACGCGCGGCGCAGGAAAAGGCGACACGUGAGCUUUUAUUACAACAGCAGGAUCAGCAGGCAGGCAGUCGUGGUGGUGCGACAGGCACGGCCAUCGCAUCCUUCGCACCGUUUGGCAGGCCGCAGUUCAAUUACUGCACCGAAAAUGAUCCAGAGUUGUUUCAGACAAAAGUGUGGAUGGAAUUUUUCUUUCCGCAGGCAGCGGCGGGGGUUCGACCACUGCACCGCUGGCGGUCUGCGAGAGAGCAGGACAUGGAGAGGCCACCGGAUGACAGUGUCGUGUAUUUACUUUUGGCAUGCGAGGGAUAUGUGACGAUUGCCGUCAAGUUUCCAUCGAAACUUCCGCGCACAUCCGCAUCCUCCUCUGUUGGCAUGACCGCAAAGACAAUGGCGCCCUACGGGAGUGACGUUGCGGUAACUGCCAGUGAUGAGGAGGAGGGACGUUAUCAUUGCAGCUGGGAUCCAUUGAAGAAGGUCUACUCGCUCUUUUUUAUUCUCGGCUAA